AUGAAGACGUUGAUGCGCCAUGGGUUGGCUGUGUCUUUAGCGCUCACAACCAUGUGCACGAGCGUGUUGCUUAUGUACGGCAGCAUCGGGAGCGGAGGCGGCGGCGGCGGCGCUGGCAAUGACGGUACCGGCGGCAGAAGGGCCUUGAAAGAGCAAGUCCAGCAGCAGCAGGUGGCGGCGACCACCCCCUUUCAGAAGCCGGAGAGCCAGCGGCGCUUGGGCACUGCCUCCCCGCCACCCUUUCCCGGCCUCGCCGACCGUCCUUUGGAAGGCUACAUCAGCGUCCUGGAUCACAAGCCUUUGAAAAUGCAUUGCACAAGCUGUGCUCUAGUCACAAGCUCUGGACACCUUUUGCGAAGCCAUCAAGGGAAGAAGAUCGAUCAGACAGAGUGUGUAAUACGAAUGAAUGAUGCACCUACCCGGGGAUUUGGAAAAGAUGUUGGAAACAAGACAACCUUGCGAGUUAUAGCUCAUUCCAGUAUCCAGAGAAUUUUGCGAAAUCGCAAUGAACUAUUAAACAUGAGUCAUGGGACAGUAUUUAUCUUCUGGGGUCCAAGUACAUACAUGAGAAGAGAUGGAAAAGGAUUAAUUUAUAAUAAUCUACAACUGAUGAAUCAAAUACUACCUCAGUUAAAAGUAUAUAUGAUAUCUCGACAGAAAAUGCUUCAUUUUGAUGACCUCUUCAAACAGGAAACUGGGAAAGACAGGAAGAUAUCCAACACUUGGUUAAGCACUGGAUGGUUUACAAUGAGUAUUGCAUUAGAGCUGUGUGACAAAAUAGACGUCUAUGGAAUGGUGCCACCAGAUUUCUGCAGGGAUUCUAAUCAUCCUUCAGUACCUUAUCAUUAUUAUGAACCAAUGGGACCCGAUGAAUGUACAAUGUACAUUUCACAUGAACGGGGAAGGAAGGGAAGUCAUCAUCGCUUUAUCACAGAGAAACGAGUCUUUGAGAAUUGGGCCCGGACUUUCAAUAUUCACUUUUUUCAGCCAGACUGGAAACCAGAAGCACUUCCCGUCAAUCAUGCAAAGAUUAAACUAGUAUUCUGA